CUGGCGGGGAAGGGUCUCGGGGGCAGCGAAGCCGGAGGAGGAGCCUCCGGGGGAUGCAGGGCGAGGGGCCCAAGGCGGCCGGUUAGAGCCUCCAGGCUAGCGGACUCCUAGGAUUCCCCAGUCCCAUACCACCAGAGCGGGUAGAAGACACACCUCCGGUCCCCCACGCUUACCUGGCCCGCUUCUCCCACGCCCCUCUCGCCACCAGGGCCGGGACCCUGCCGGCAGCAGGCCACGAUGAAGAUCGUGAUCAUCAAAGUGACGUGCCUGGUGAGCAUGUUUAUCCUCAUGCUGCUUGGCUCCCUCCUGCCCGUGAAGAUCAUUAAGGCCGAUUAUGAGAAGGCCCACCGCUCCGGGAUGAUCCUUUCCCUCUGCAAUUCCUUUGGCGGGGGCGUCUUCCUGGCCACCUGCUUCAACGCCCUGCUCCCUGGUGUGCGGGAAAAGCUUCAAGAAGUGCUGAAGCUCGGAAACAUCGUCACCAACUACCCGCUGGCCGAGACGAUCAUGCUCGUGGGCUUCUUCAUGACUGUGUUCUUGGAGCAGGUCAUCCUGACCUUCCGGAAGGAGAGGCCCUCGUUCAUCGACCUGGAAACCUUCAACGCCGGCUCCGACGCGGGGAGCGACUCGGAAUACGAGAGCCCUUUCAUCGGGACGGCCCAGGAGCAGCACCUGUACGCCAAGCACAGCCCGCAUCCGCACAGCCACGGCUUAAACGUCAAGGAGCUCUCUCACAACAACCCGCUGCGCCUCUUCAGCCUGGUCUUCGCCUUGUCGGCCCACUCCAUCUUUGAGGGCCUGGCCCUGGGCUUGCAGGAAGAGAGAGACAAGAUGGUCAGCCUGUUCAUCGGGGUGGCCAUCCACGAGACCUUGGUGGCCGUGGCCCUCGGCAUCAACAUGGCCAAGAGCUCGCUGCCCUUGAAGGAAGCUGCCAAGCUGGCCGUCACCGUCAGCGCCAUGAUCCCUCUGGGCAUCGGGAUCGGGCUGGGCAUCGAGCGGGCCCAGAACCUGGUCAGCAGUGUGGCGUCCGUGCUGUUGCAGGGCUUGGCGGGUGGGACCUUCCUCUUCAUCACGUUUUUUGAGAUCCUAGCGAAGGAACUGGAGGACAAGAACAACCGGCUCCUGAAAGUUCUCUUCCUGGUGAUGGGCUACGCGGUCCUGGCCGGCCUGGUCUUCUUCAAGUGGUGAGCGCCGAUGUGGAGCAGCCGCGCAUCUCCCCGGCUUCUCUUCCCCGACUGGCCGGGGAAGCCCACGGGAGGUGCCGGCCCCUUGCCAGCCAAAUGAACACUGACUGCCCCUCCCCUCCCGGCCCCUCCCCCACCCCCCAGUACGUCCAGCCAUCGGGACUCAGUGAACUUCCUCUGUCCGCAGGGCCCCAGUGCCAAAGACCGGGGGGCUGCCCUCCCCCCCCACCCCCCAACGGACGCAUCCCCAGGGUCAUGGGUUCGCCGGCGGGCGCUCGCAGGCUAGAGCGCCCUAACUGCCGCGAGUCUGUGGUCUUGCAGGUAUUUUCUUCUCACUGAGCCAAUAUCACCUCCUCAAGCACUUUAACCGUGGCGUGGGAUGAUGUUUGCACCUGGGGCCGGGGCGAGCUGGAAUCUCGCCCUACCUCUCUCCCCGGAAGGGUCUCCCCAUCAGGAGUGUCAGGCGUCGGGCCGGGAAGCCGGGAAAGGGUACCCGAACCCCAACUUUUCUCUGAGUGUUUCUUGGGACUGUGGGCUGCCCGGCUGCUCUGACCCUCUCUCUCUCUUCCCCUCCGGUGUCCGGCAGGGUUGAGGGGUUGAGGUUUCCGUGGGUCCUCCUCUCCCCCGACCCUCGGGCUGAGCAAACUGUGCAAAGGGAUGUCCACAGGCGUCUCAGGAAUUUGAUGAAAGUUAUCGGCCGCCUCCCUCGGUCCGAACAAGCCACCCCACAGGGUCUCCGAGAACCUCCAGCUGCUCUUUUGAAGUCGAUCACCAGCAAUUCGACAGACUGGAUUCACCUCUGCCGGGGAUCCAGGCCCCGCUGCUGGCCUGCGUGUGCACCCCGGGCCAGCUGCAGUUUUGCUUUCCUGCCCCCACCGUCUCUCUUUCUCAGCGGCCCCCCUCCUCGGGCUUCGAUGGGCGUAACUGGCAGUUUUAGGGGCGAGACCUUUGGGAAAUGCAGACGGGGAACUGGCGCUGCUAGCUGGGCCACCCAGCUUUCGUGGGAUUGGCCAAGGGGACCUUCACCAAGGGGACCGGCGAAAGCGAGGGCCGUCCUGUGGGGCACUUGAACAUAACCGGGCAAUGGCAGGCCUUAUCCCCUGGCGAUCGGCCAAAACCUCCACCUACAGAUGGUCCCCCCGGUUGAAUUGCCCCCUGGCCCCUGAGUUAAUGAAUUCACCCUGUGGAAGGUU